GUACCACUCCGCCUCACUACUUCGGUUCGCCCCUUCUUCCCAAACAGGUUUUAUUAUUGAGUGAGACCGCCGUUGUCUCCGGACAAAGAAAUCCACGUCGGAGCAUAGAAGAAAACACCGCCAGUUGUGCGAAGCCGGCUCUUUGCGUUGAGACGCUAUAAACCCCACGCCCGCCAAAUGUUCAUCGCCUCCGUUCUCUCACUCUCUCUUCUUUCCUUGAUGCUGAGUCAACCACUCACAGCUGAAGCAUCAGAACCAAUCCUCGGUUCCGCAUUCCCAUCUCCAAAUCCUAGCCCCUUCCCCCUAAUGGGCGACCGAUGUUCUAUUUCGGCAGCAAGAAGACCGACCGCCGGCGGGAGAUGACGGCGGCAUCGGUCCGGCGGAGUAAGAUCGAUCAGCGUAACGCCAGUAAAAAGGUCGAAUACGAGGUUCCAUGGGCAUCGUCUUCGUGGCGCAAGACGCCAGCGCUGGUACACUCUAUUGAUCUGUCGCCUGGGGCUUGCUCGGACCAGACGAGCUUUCGCAUCGGCGGCAGUGUCGAGGGCGAGGUUGAUCUUCUCUGUCGCAGUCUCGGUCUCUCCGGCCCUGAAGACUUCGCUAUCCCCGCCGCCGCGUGGGAGGCCUCCCUUAAGGCUCGAUCCUCUUGCGAUCUCGUCCUUCGAUUCCCAUUUGUCAAAUCCGAGAGCUCGCAUCAGCCGAGUGAAAUUUUGCUUCCUGCCGCUUUGGAUCGCUUGUUCGAGACCAAGGCAGAGAUCUCGCGCUCGUCGGCGUGUGGAAUAGGCGCUGGAGAUGUACGGAUCAAAGGCGUCAGGCCGCCGGUCCUUGCCACUUCUCAGGCUACUGUCUCUAUUCUUCCUCCUCCGCCCGGUCGGUCGGUCCUUGAUCGGCCGCCUUUCAUGAAGCUGCCAGUGCUCGAUGGAACGAGCUCAACGUGGGAUCUAGUGAGAUCGUUUGCUCCACCGGAUGAGAUUGAUGAAGGAUAUAUGAGAAAGUCUUUUGACUCGGAUGAGGAGGAGGUAAGGGUUGGUGUUGAAGUUAGGGAAGUUGUGGAAGAGAUGAGAGCGAUUGCCGGGGAGACCUCGGAGGAUUGUACUGGUUCGUUUUCGACUUCAAAUGAUGAUGAUUCUUCGAGCACCACAACAGAGUCGGCGUUUUUUAUAUCGCCGAAGGGACGGAUUAAGAGAAUUAUUGGGUCGUGGAUGCGCGGGCAGCUUCUAGGCAGCGGUUCCUUUGGGACAGUGUACGAAGGGAUUAGCGAUGAUGGUGGAUUUUUUGCUGUUAAGGAAGUAUCUUUGCUUGAGAAAGGAAGUAAUGCUCAGCAAUGCAUUCUUCAACUCGAGCAGGAGAUUGCCCUUUUGAGCCAAUUUGAACAUGAAAAUAUUGUUCAAUAUUAUGGAACAGAUAAGGAAGAGUCAAAACUAUUUAUUUUCCUUGAACUUGUGACACAAGGUUCUCUUUCAUCUCUCUAUGAAAAGUAUCGGCUACAAAAUACUCAAGUCUCAGCCUAUACUAGGCAGAUCCUAAAUGGAUUACAUUAUCUUCAUGAGCGGAAUGUGCUUUCCGCCUUCAAUGUUUUGGAAUAUCAUGAUACUAUAUCAAUUAUUCUAGCUGUACUAAAGAAGACAUUCAAGAAAUUGGAUCAUGAUGUAAAUAUUCCAGACUUCUUGGGUUCAAGUUUUUUUUUUCAGGUUGUUAAUCCUAAGAAGACAUAUGGGCAUGCAGCUGAUAUAUGGAGUUUGGGUUGCACUGUUUUAGAGAUGUUGACUCGUCAGAUUCCUUAUCCUCAAGUGGAGUGGCAACAUGCUUUCUACAAGAUAGGUCGUGGUGAUCAGCCUCCUAUCCCUGGCCACCUAUCAAAGGAGGCACAAGAUUUCAUAAGGCAGUGCGUUCAGUUGCAGCAACAUGCUUUCUACAAGAUAGGUCGUGGUGAUCAGCCUCCUAUCCCUGGCCACCUAUCAAAGGAGGCACAAGAUUUCAUAAGGCAGUGCGUUCAGGUGGAUCCAAACUCUAGGCCCACUGCUGCCCAGCUAUUAGAGCAUCCCUUCGUACGGAGACCCAUAAAGAUCUAGAACAAUAAUUUAUUCUCUUCAGCACUUGGCUCCAGCAGAUAACACUCCUGGAAUCUGUGUUCCUUAAUAGUUCACAUCCAGCACACUGUGGAACUCAUCUCUGGAUUUCAUUGCCCAAUCUUCAGAAUCUGUUCUGCCACUAGAAGCAUCUCGAAGCUUCAGGAAUUAUGUUUUUGUGCGAUCAUCAACCAAAAUAGAAUUUUUCUGAAUGUACUGAGUGAUGUGAGCACUGUAUAUAUGUGAUUGAAUUCGACAAGUUUCUAAUUUAUUUUCAAAGAAAACUGAGAGAUCCAGUAAUGAAAUUGUUGUUUUAUAUGGGAUUUUAUGUUUUUGAGGGAUGCAGAUUAUUAAAAUUUAUUAAAUCCUGCAUAGUUUCUGUUC